GUGGGGGCCCCGACCAGCGGUUGAUUUGGUUCGUUAAGCCGAUGUGCUUGGCAGCUGUUAAGCUCAGUCGAGCCAUGGCGGGCCAGAUCCCUCGGCCGAGCAAUGUGGAGACAACGAACACGGGGACCGUCUACCACGUGCAGGAGGAUGGUAGCAAGGUAAUUGCGGGGUCCCGGCGGCCAGACGGAACCUUGCGCAAGCCAGUUCGAGUGAGGGCAGGCUACACGCCCCUGGAAGAGAACUUGUACAAGGGCCCAGAGGCCCAGCAGCGGGCGCAAACCAGGGGAAUUCCUGGACUUGGGCCGUCUACGCCGCAGCCGGCCAGGAGCGGAUACAUCCCGGGCAUGGGGCCGCCAGAGCAGCCCAAGGCAGCAAAAGCCAAGGCGAAGCCUAAGGAGCCAAAGCCCAAAACGGAGGCCAAGCCCAAGGCAGAGCCCAAAGCCAAGGAGGUGAAGCCAGAGGACCCCAAAGCUGAGGUGAAGCCGGAGAAUCGGCUUCGGAACCUGAGAAAGAAGCUCACGGAGAUUUGCUCCCUGGAGGAACGAGGCGACCUCACCGAGGAGCAGCAGCAGAAGAUCGCACGGAAAGCGGAGCUGCAAGAGGAGGUGGAUGAGCUGGAGCAUCAGCUUGCACAAUUGAAUCUGUAA